UUUAGGGCUUGUUCUUUCAUAUUCAUAUAAGCCGACUAAGCCAAAGAAUUAUCAUUGAUUUUACGUCAACACGGAACACACUGGUUUCGAAAGUAAAAGAUUGAUGUGUUGUAUUUUGAUGGCUAUGCUUGUAAAAAUGGAUGCUAUUCAGCCGAAACGACGCUGGUCCAAGGUACACUGUCCAGCGUAAGAACGCGGCCCUUGCGUCAGCUCCACAAUGGGUUAUAAUAUUUACGCUUUCCGCUAAAACAACACGUUCCUCCAAUCUCCAUUCACCAAUUGGGGAGCGCACGCAGAUGGCCCUCGGUUAUAAAUAGGGAAGCAAGCAUCACAACUGAUCUUUCUAGGUACACUGAUCGUAUAGAUAAAGGAUUGAAAUGGAGGUUACUAUUUGAAUUGGGGUUUCUUUUAAUAACGUAGAUGAAUGAACAGCAAACACAGAGACGCACAUUAUAGAAUUUAAGAGAAAAUAUCAAGAACAUUUACUAUAUAGGGAUCUAAUUUUGGGAUAUUUAAAAAUAAUUGCAGACGUGUUCUUGUUUUGUUAACUUUCGUAUUCCAGCAAAAUAACCCCGAAAACGGAGAAAUGGAGGAUAUCACAGUGAAGAACGAAUUUCUUCUAGAUACGGUUUUGAAUAUGAAUACCACAGAUCCCAAUCAAACUUUGGUUGACGACACAAAUCAAAUUUCUUCAAUAUUCCCAGAGUCUAUUGCGUUGGCCAUUCUUUUAGCCAUUAUUAUAAUUGGGUCAAUGUUUGGAAAUAUACUGGUGGUAAUCGCUGUAAGGUCAGAAAGGAAUCUGCAGACAACAGCGAAUUUUCUUAUUUGUUCUCUGGCAAUCACUGAUUUCUUGGUCGCGUGCCUCGUAAUGCCGUUUAGUGCUUUAUACGAAAUAUCAGGAACAUGGGUUUUUGGAGAUAUUCUGUGUCAAACCUGGACAGCUAUAGACAUUGCAUGUUGCACUGCUUCAAUUUUACACCUCUGUGCUAUUGCAUUUGAAAGACACAGGUCAAUCACAAGCGCGGUUCGGUAUUUUUCUCAGGGAAGGCGCCACACGGUUGCUCCGAAGAUUGUACUUGUGUGGGUACUCGCAAUAUGCAUCAGCAUUCCACCAAUAUUAGGUUGGAAACCUUCGUCCCAGCAGCAGACUCAAGUAAACAAUGUUACAACAGCUGCAUCAACGGUCCAACGGUGCGAGGUUGGUCAUUACCGAGAGUACACGCUGUAUGCCACACUGGGGUCAUUUUACAUCCCCUUAGCGCUUUUGUUGACGGCCUAUGUACGAAUAUACGUGCGCAUUCAUCAGCAUAUUCGAAGAUCGGAAUCUAGAACCAGAUUAGAAUCAUUGUCUUCCGAAGAUGCGCUUUCGCUUCGAUCGAAAAGGUGUCCUCCGGGAAGAAUUAUAUGCGAAAGCAGCAGAAAUAAAAAUCUUGGAAACAAAAAAGAAAUGAGGGUCAAUGGCAAAAAUAAAGUGUCUCAGACAAGCAAAUGCGAUUUAACCAUUAUAAAGGACAGGACACCAAGCAGAAAUUCGAGAAACUAUAUUGUUGAUGAUGACUACUUUGUAACCCACCAGAACACCGAAAAUCAUUCUUUUCCCAAAGAUCAACCACACCAAGUAGCACUGAAUUAUUGGGCUAAAUCUGCGCGUUUGUGGGACCAGACAACUUCUCAACUGAACAACUUUGACUCCAUUUGUAACUACAGCAAUUUACAAAUUGACGAUAAGCGAAACCGCAGAAUUUCCGAGAGUAUUUUACAAAUACAAAAAAAAAACCGGUUGAUUAAGCGGUUUUCGGAAAGUGAUGUGUGGCUGGCUAAAAAGAUUAUGAUGUCAAAAGAGAUGACGUCAUCUUUUUCGCGAAGACGAGCGCAGACGACAGGGGGUAGGGUUCGGUUUGUCGAUCAACGUAUUAAACCACACCAGAUGACCAAGGGUACCUCAGUUGCACAGGAAAACAAGGGAACGAAUGUAGUCAAACGAACUCAAGACACAUUGCAUUACAAAAGAAUGCCAAGUUUUGAAACAGAAACUGAAAAUUUACGUGGAAUUUUUAAGUGUUGUAAAAAGUACCGUCAUUCUGAAAGCCAGAGACGUCUACUUAAUCAGCGCCGUUCAAGUAUAAUGCUUGCUCAUUCUCUCAGCCUUCGAGCAAAAGUCAAAUUGCUGAAAGCGCGUGAGGUUCGAGCAAUAAAAACGCUCGGUACCAUAGUUGGAGCAUUUGUAAUCUGCUGGCUUCCAUUCUUUGCUGUCACGCUAGCUGCUGCUUUUUGCAAUUGUAAAAUGCCUCACACCUUGACAAGCAUAGUACUGUGGCUUGGUUACUGUAACUCACUGGUUAACCCAAUUCUGUACGGUGCCUUUAACCGAGAUUUUUAUGCUGCUUUCAAGAAAUUGUACACUACCCAUAUUUACAAAAUUAGGUGUCGCUGA